UUCCUCAGUUAGCAACAACACCUGGGAACUUCACAGGUUUACACCAGUCUCUUGGUAUACGUGUCAUACUUCACCAUAACAUUCAUUUCUGGAUUCUCACCAUUGUGAUAGUGAACAGCUGCAGAUCUUAUCAUUCAAAGAAAGUGAUUUUCUAGCAUUAAAUUCUCAAUUUUUACAUUUCCCUAUAGCUGUUGUAAAACUCUCUAAGCUUGUAGCUGCCGCAGUGCCAGUCCCACUGUAGUUCACAGGAUUUUAUUCCAGAAUCAUUAUAUUUUGUUGAUGGUCAGACAGAACAACAGUUUAUGACUUCAUUUUUGUUGUCAGGAAUUCAACAUCAUUUUUCUCCUCUACUUGUUGAUCUAUCAUGGAAAAAAGCGUGGAGCAAACCAGCAGAGUACUGCUGUCACUUACUCCUUCUGAGGUUGCUGCACUAAAGGAAGGAAUCAAUUUCCUAAGGAACAAAGCUGAUGGAAAGAAUUACAUUUUGUACAAGGACAAAGAUACUCUCCAUGCAUGUAAGAACAUGUGCAAACACCAAGGAGGAUUGUUUAUUAAGGACAUUGAAGAUCUAACAGAUAAAUGUGUCCGUUGCACUAAGCAUAACUGGAAGCUGGAUGUGAGCACAAUGAAAUAUGUUAACCCUCCAGACAGCUUCUAUCAAGAUGAACUAGAUAUUGAAACAGGUCCAGAUAAUGGAAUAGUGCUAAUUGAACUGCAUCCUCCAAAUCCAUGGGAUACAGAACCUAGAAAAUCUGAAGAUCUGGCUUUCGGAGAGGUGCAGGUAACUUAUCUAACUCAUGCAUGUAUGGACCUUAAACUAGGAGUCAAAAGAAUGAUAUUUGAUCCAUGGCUAAUUGGCCCUGCCUUUGCACGUGGUUGGUGGUUACUUCAUGAGCCGCCCAGUGACUGGUUGGAAAGACUAUGUUGUGCAGAUCUCAUUUACAUCAGCCACAUGCAUUCUGAUCAUCUCAGUUACCCUACACUGAAGAAACUUGCUGAGCGGAGGCCAGAUGUGCCCAUUUAUGUUGGAAAGACAGAACGGCCUGUGUUCUGGUACCUUGACCAGAGUGAUGUAAAGCUAACCAAUAUUAAUAUUGUUCCAUUUGGAGUUUGGCAGCAGGUGGACAAGAAUCUUAGAUUUAUGAUACUGAUGGAUGGUAUACAUCCUGAAAUGGACACGUGCAUCAUUGUUGAAUAUAAAGGGCACAAAAUUCUGAAUACAGUUGACUGCACCAGGCCUAACGGUGGAAAGCUUCCUGAGAAUGCUGACCUUAUGAUGAGCGACUUUGCAGGUGGAGCAUCUGGAUUCCCAAUGAUAUUCAGUGGAGGAAAAUUUACUGAGGAAAAGAAAGCCCAAUUUAUUAAAAAUGAAAGGAAGAAGUUGCUGAAUUACAAGGCCCAACUGAUUACUGAUCUGAAGCCAAAACUCUAUUGUCCUUUUGCGGGAUAUUUUGUUGAAGCUCAUCCUUCCGACAGUUACAUCAAAGAAACAAACCUUAAAAAUGACCCAGAUGAGUUGAAUACACUAAUUAAAAAAAAAUCUGGUGAAGUUUCAACAUGGACACCAAAACCUGGAGCCACACUGGAUUUAGCAAGGAUGCUCAGAGAUCCAACAGACGGUUUGGGAAUUGUAGAUCCUCCAGAAGGGACAAAACUUUUCAAAGAAUCAUGGGACUUUAAACCAUACACACAUGCUUUUGGAGUUGCAGUUGAUGAUGAGAUAUUUCUCUAUCCCUCCUGGGUGAAAGAAUAUUAUGUUUGGGCUGGGUUUAAAGGCUACAACCUUGUGAUAAGGGUGAUAGAAACUGAUGAUGAUUUCAAUCCUUUGCCUGGAGGGUACAAUUAUUUAGUGGAUUUUUGGGACUUAUCAUUUCCAACAGAAAGACCAAACCGUGACAAUCCAUAUGAGGAAAUAAAAGCCAGAGUUAGCGUUAUGAGGCAUGUGGUGAAACAAGGAUUACUCUGGGAUGAUUUGUAUAUAGGAUUCCAAACCAGGCUACAACGUGACCCUGACAUAUAUCAUCAUCAGUUUUGGAAUCAUUUCCAAAUAAAACUUCCUCUGACACCUCCUGACUGGAAGUCUUUCUUGGCACGAUGCAAAAAGAAUCUGAAUUAAGAGGAAAUCACUAUGCAGUCAACAGAGUUGAUGAUAAGUGCCUGCCUACUAAAGCUUAAUCCCUUCUAUAUCCUAUGAGAAAGUGAAAUGAAUAUACUGCCACAGUUACUGAAUAAUUGUUUCCCUAUGCUACUUUGACUUUCCUACAAAAAUAAUAAUAGGAUACACAUACACUUUUCAGUCAUUGGCUUUUUCUAGUACUGCCUAGAAGUAUGGGUUUGCAUUAUUAUAAACUAUUUAAUUGAUUUAUUUGAUUUUGUGAUUAUAAAAUUGUUUUGUUUGUUACCAAGAUAAACUCUGGUCAUGGGGUGAUUAAAUAAAAGGAAUAAAUAAAUAAGUUUAUUUCUAGUAGGGAGAUGGCCAGUUCUGGGUGGGGUUGCACUCCUCUGGAAAGAGCAGGUGUGUAACCUGGGGUUAUUCCUUAAUCGAUCAAUGGCACUUGAGGCCCAAAUGGCCUUGGUGGCUAGGAGUGUCUGUUUCCAGCUACAGCCGAUAUGCCAGCUAUGGCUCUUCCUGAACAGAGGUAGCUUGGCCACAGUGAUCCACGCUCUGGUAACUCCCAGACUGGACUAGUGCAAUGUUUUCUAUGUGGGGCUGCCCUUGAAUACAAUUCAGAAGCCGCAUCUGGUGCAGAAUACAGCAUCUAGGCUUCUGGUGAGUGUUUCUGGCUAGACUUGGAUAUUGUAUCUCUAAAAGAGAAGGAAACUAUCCCAUCAGGAUGCAAAGGUUUUUAAAUCAGUGUUCAUUUUUCCUUGAGGAGUUGAGAAUAGACACCAAUAAUUCCAUUUUACUCUUUCUAUAAUUUGUAUACUUCAACCAUCAUAAUCCAAAAUACUCUGCUCAUGUAUGUGCUGAAUGUGUAUCAAUUAAUAUGGCU